AUGAAGGGUUCACUUUUUUCUGGGAGCAGGCCUUCAACCCCCCAUUCCUCACAUCAGAAUUCUGUCUCUCCACAACGGAGGAACUCACAGGAGAUGGCUAUGGAGGAUAUGGUGGACCAGGCAGAAUCCAUAAUAAGGAGAUGGGAUGUUGACCAUCAGGAAUUCUCACCCCUAUUUGCCGGCAACAGAAAGGAGGCCGCUCUCCUUCUCGAGGCGGUGGCCGGCCUCCAGAGCGCCAUGCAGUACUACGUUAACCUCUCUUCCAACUCUCACAAACUCAUCACAGCCCAAAAGCUGAUGAGGAUCGCCAUCAAGAGACUUGAGAAGGAGUUUUACGUCAUUUUAUCUUCCAACCAAAAGAAUCUGAAUCUCGACUCCGAAUCCGUCUCCACCCACUCAUCCACUUCUACGCUUUCUGACUUUUCGGAGGACGAAAUUUCCAACUCGGUCGAGAAAACUUCGGAUAUGGCCAUGGCGGACCUCAAGAGCAUUGCCAACUGUAUGAUUGGUUCCGGAUACGGCAAAGAAUGCGUCCGCAUUUACACACUCAUCCGGAAAUCGAUAGUCGAUGAGACACUCUACUAUUUGGGGGUGGAGAAAUUGAGCCACUCUCAGAUCCAGAAAAUGGAGUGGGACCUUCUCCAAACCAAAACUAAAUCCUGGCUGCACGCCGUGAGGGUCGCCGUCAAAACUCUCUUCCACGGUGAGAGGAUCCUCUGCGACGUCGUUUUCUCUUGCUCGGAGAGAAUUUCCGAGUCGACCUUCGCGGCCAUCUCCACAGACGCCGCCGUGACUCUGUUCGGCUUCGCCACGAAUUUAUGGAGGAGCAAGAAGGUUCUGUCGCCGGAGAAGAUCUUCCGGGCGCUGGAUAUGUACGAGGCGAUCUCGGAUCUGUGGCAGGAGAUCGAGUCGGUCUUCUCGCACGUGUCGCUGGCGGCGGUGAGAUCUGAGGCGGCGGGUGCGCUGGGGAAAAUCGGGGAGGCGGUUAGGGUUAUGCUGGCUCAAUUCGAGGCGGCGAUUAAGAAGGACACCUCGAAAGCGCCGUCCAACGGCGGCGUCCACCCGCUCGCCCGCUACGUGAUGAAUUUCCUCGUUUUCAUCGCCGAUUACAGCGGGGCGGUUGCCGACAUAGUGGGCGAAUUUCCGGUGAGUGCGUGGACGCCUCUGCCGGAAGCGUAUUUCUCGAGCCCCAUCUCCGGCGGCGGAGAGGAUCCGUCGGUGGGGGAGAUCACUGCUAGGCUGGCGUGGCUCGUCCUCGUCCUCCUGUGCAAGCUCGACGCCAAGGCGGUGCACUACAACGACGUCGCACUGUCCUAUUUGUUUCUGGCCAACAACCUAAACUACGUCGUUUCGAAGAUCCGGAAUUCCAAUCUGGGGCUCCUAAUUGGAAUCGAGUGGAUUUUGAAAAACCGGUCAAAGGUCAACCAGUACUUAGCCAAAUACCAGAGGAUGGGUUGGAGUGAAGUGAUUUCCUCAAUGCCUGACGAUCCAACGGCUGAGAUUAGUCCGCAGGAGGCCAAGGAACGGUUUAGACGGUUCAAUAAGGGUUUUGAGGAAGCAUACAAGAAGCAGAUUUCAUGGGUCAUUCCCGACCACAAAGUACGGGACGAGGUCAAAAUAUCCCUUGCCAACAAAAUUGUCCCGAGCUAUCGGGCCUUCUACGAGAAGCAUCGAGAAUAUUACAGCAUGGAGGUUGGCGUCGAGGCAAUUGUCAGAUAUGCCCCCGAGGAUUUGAACAAUUACUUGUCCGACUUAUUUUUUGCUGAUGCUGGUGGGACCGGUGGAAGUACGACGUCGUCAUAUGGGAGCUCUAAAUUAUCUUCGCAUGGUCGUUGA